UGACCAGAACAGCCGUGCGCGCAGCUCCAAAGUGUUGUUGAUCAGAGAGUCCGGAUCGUGAAGUCAUGCAGUUGUGCUGGAAGUUGUGUGCAAUCCUGGGCCUCCUGGCCACCCUGGCCAGCGCCAGGCUGGAGGAGGUGUUCCGGUGGAAGGAGAUGGAGUACGAGUGGCCGAACGGAGUGGUGCCGAAGGACUACAAUGGUCGGCACAAUCUGCCGCUUGGCCUGGACGUGUGGCGAAACAAGCUCUUCAUCACGGUGCCGCGCUGGAGAGAUGGCGUGGCUUCCUCGCUCAACUACAUCGACCUGAACAGUGGCGUGAGUUCCGGGAAAUUGCGUCCGUAUCCAAAUUGGGAGGCGAACACACUACCUGUUGAUCAUGAACCUUCAGCAACCACCGAAGGGCCGCCGCGCGAUCGACUGGCGGCCGCAUCGCUGCCCAAGGACGUGGAAUCUUAUCCAGUGAGGAAUGAUUCCAUCAUCUCCACGUUCAGGAUUCGCGUGGACGAGUGCGACAGAUUGUGGGUGGUUGACACGGGAUUGGCAGACAUUCUGGGCUCUCCCAAACAAUUCUCCCCACCGGCGAUUGUCAUCUUCGACCUGAACACCGACGAGUUGAUCAGGAGGUUCGAAAUUCCCAGCGCCAGCAUCGACGAUGACUCCUUCUUCGCCAACGUGAUUGUGGACGCGGACAAGACGGACUGCGGCAACAGCUUCGCCUAUCUUCCCGAUCUCGGCGCCUAUGCCGUGAUAGUUUACUCCUUCAAUGAGAACAGAUCGUGGCGCGUGAAGCACAAUUACUUCCACUUCGAUCCUCUACAGGGCGACUACAACGUGGCCGGCGUGAACUUCCAGUGGACUGACGGGGUGUUCGGGAUGGCUGUGGGCAAGCCGCUGCCAGACGGAAGUCGCACGGUGUAUUUCCACGCGCUGUCCAGCACCAAGGAGUUCGCCGUGUCCAACAGAGUGCUCCAGAACGAGUCUUACGCCACCGGAGACAGUCACUACCAUGACUUUAAACUCCUGGGCGAUCGCGGGCAGAACAGCCAGUCCACGGCGGAGUUCUACGACCCAGACACCGAAGUCAUCUUCUACACACAAGUCAACAGAGACGCUAUUGGAUGUUGGAACACCAACAGAGCGUUCAAUCCGGACAAUCAAGGCCUCGUGGACUCGGACUCUGAGGCUCUGGUCUUCCCCAAUGACCUGAAAGUGGAUCCCAGUGGCACUCUUUGGGUGCUCUCUGACCGCAUGCCCGCCUUCAUCUACAAGCAACUCGAUCCGCAGCAGCACAACUUCAGGAUCCUCAGGGGAAAUACCAAGCAGCUGAUCCAGGGAACUCCUUGCGAUCCCUGAAGUGUUGGGCAAACAAGUUAAGUACAUUUUACUGUCCUGGACAGUUUAUGGGUAGAAAAUCAUUGUUUCUCUAAAAGGAAUUUACUUUAUCACACCUUGAUAAUGUCUAGGGAAGUCUUAAGACAAAAACUCUACAUGAAUUUUAAAUACAAUAAAUCAAAAAGAGAGAGAAAAA